CUUCUAAACAGACAUCUAAUUCAAAAGGGAACCGUUAAACUUACCACAGCAUAUUCAUUACUCUGUUUGUUCGGUUGCCAUCGUCAUGGAUGAGUUCUCUGCUUCUUCGAACCAAGAAUUCCUCAAGUGUGCUCGAUCAGAGAAGUUCCCCACUUCUGAUCAUCUCCGGGGAAGCGUGUUGACCGGUUCCAUAUCAGAACUCGGCAAGAUCGUCCACAACCUUGGGAUCGAGGACAAGAAAGCUCUGGUCGACCACCUUUCUAAAGUUGCUGAGCAGGACAACGACAAGUUCUUGUCGAAGAUCAAGAGUAGACUCGACAGGGUUGGGAUAGAGCUUCCGACGAUUGAAAUCCGAUACGAGCAUCUCAAACUUGAAGCGGAAGCUACAGUUGGGAGCAAAUCUCUGCCCACGUUCACCAACUUCACUCUCGGAAUCUUCACGAGUAUCUUGAAUGGAUUGCACCUCCUACCCAAUAGAAUGAAACAUCUGACGAUCCUCAACGAUGUUAGUGGAGUCAUCAAGCCUGGCAGAAUGACUCUGCUUCUGGGUCCUCCGAGUUCUGGGAAAACAUCACUGUUGCUAGCUUUGGCUGGAAGGCUGGAUCCCAAUCUCAAGGUUUCAGGGAGAGUGACAUACAAUGGUCACGGUAUGCAUGAGUUCAUCCCACAGAAAACUUCAGCUUACGUUAGUCAGCAUGAUGUUCACAUGGGAGAGUUAACUGUCAGAGAAACUUUAGCCUUCGCGGCCAGAGUCCAAGGAGUUGGAUCUCUUCAGGAUAUCUUGGAAGAAUUGUCCAGAAGAGAAAAGGCAGCAAGUAUCAUACCCGAUCCUGAUAUUGAUGACUUCAUGAAGGCUUCAGCAACUGAAGGUCUUGCAAGCAUUGUCGUCACAGACUACGUUUUGAAGAUAUUAGGACUGGAAGGUUGCGCAGACACUUUGGUGGGUAAUGAAAUGAUCAGGGGUAUCUCUGGAGGACAAAAGAAGCGUGUCACAACAGGUGAAAUUUUGGUUGGACCGGUAAGAGCCAUGUUCAUGGACGAAAUCUCAACUGGUUUGGAUAGUUCCACAACAUUCCAGAUUGUGAACUCACUGAAGCAACAAAAUCACAUCCUCAAUCGCACUACAAUCAUCUCCCUCCUCCAACCCGCUCCCGAGACAUACGACCUCUUUGAUGACAUCAUCCUGUUGUCGGAUGGGCACAUUGCUUACCAAGGCCCAUGUGAAAACGUGCUCGAGUUUUUUGAGCACAUGGGUUUCAAGUGUCCUAAUAGGAAAGGAGUUGCCGAUUACUUGCAAGAAGUCACAUCUAAGAAGGAUCAGAAGCAAUAUUGGGCUAGAAGGGAUCACGCGUACCGUUUCAUUACGACUAAGGAGUUUGCCGAGGCGUUCCAGUCAUUCCACAUAGGAAGGAAGAUUAGUGAUGAACUAUCAAUUCCUUAUGAUAGAAGCAAGAGCCACCCUACUGCGUUGGCAACCAAAAAGUACGGAAUUGGGAACAAGGAGCUUCUUAAGGCCAACUUUGCAAGAGAGUUCCUGCUCAUGAAAAGAAACUCAUUUGUCUACAUCUUCAAGCUCACUCAGAUAUUAAUCAUGGCACUAUUGACUAUGACGGUCUUUUUUCGGACUAGAAUGCACCGAAACACGAUCCAGGAUGGAUGGGUAUUUAUGGGUGCUCUCUUCUUCACAUUGAUCACGAUCAUGUUCAAAGGAAUGUCUGAAAUUCCAAUGACCAUUGCAAAGCUUCCAGUGUUCUAUAAGCAACGAAAUAUGUUUUUCUACCCACCAUGGAUAUACUCCAUCCCCCCAUGGAUCCUCAAGAUUCCCAUCACCUUCCUUGAAGUUGGUAUUUGGGUUUCCCUAACUUACUAUGACGUCGGUUUUGAUCCCAACUUUGGAAGGUUGAUUAGAUUCUAUGUGUUGUUGGUAGCAAUUAAUCAGAUGGCAUCUGCUCUCUUUCGAUUUAUCGCUGCAACUGGAAGGAACAUGAUUGUUGCCAACACCUUUGGCUCAUUUGUUCUACUUUCCAUCUUUGCAUUGGGUGGAUUCAUAUUGUCACCAGAUUACAUACAGAAAUGGUGGAAGUGGGCCUAUUGGGUAUCACCGAUGAUGUACGGGCAGAACGCGAUAGUCAUCAAUGAAUUCCUUGCACAUAGUUGGAGCCACGUUCCGGCAAACUCAAACUCAACCAAAUCAUUAGGAAUUCAAGUGUUGAGGUCUCGUGGGUUCUUCACAGAACCACAUUGGUAUUGGCUAGGAUUGGGAGCGAAUCUAGGUUUCUUGUUCCUUUUUAACAUUGCCUUUGCUUUCGCCCUUACUUUCUUAGAUCGCUUUGAGAAGCCUCAAGCUAUCAUGCCUAUUGACGAGGCAACAACUUUAAUAGAAGCCAAUGAGAUGUCAACUUGUGGCUCCUCUACAACCAUGCUUGUAGAUGAUGAAGCUAGUGGAAACAAGAAGGAAGGAAUGGUUCUUCCAUUUGAACCCCAUUUCAUAACAUUUGAGGAUAUUAUAUACUCUGUUGAUACACCAAAGGAAAUGGAAUACCAACGUUUUCCCGAUGAUAAACUGGUUCUUUUGAAAGGUAUUAGUGGUGCUUUCAGGCCAGGUGUUCUAACGGCCCUUAUGGGAGUCAGUGGUGCAGGAAAAACAACUCUCAUGGAUGUGCUUGCUGGAAGGAAAACCGGUGGAUAUGUUGAAGGAAAUAUCAUGAUUUCGAGGUUCCCUAAGAAGCAAGAAACUUUUGCUAGAAUUUCAGGAUAUUGUGAGCAAAAUGACAUCCAUUCUCCACAAGUUACUGUAUACGAGUCUCUUGUUUACUCAGCUUGGUUGCGUUUACCCCAAGAAGUUGAUGACAAAACCAGAAUGAUUUUUGUUGAAGAAGCGAUGGAUCUUAUUGAGCUAAAGCCCUUGUGUGACUCUCUUGUUGGAAUCCCUGGUGAGAGUGGCUUGACAACUGAGCAACGCAAGAGGCUAACUAUUGGUGUUGAGCUAGUUGCUAAUCCAUCCAUUAUCUUUAUGGAUGAGCCGACCUCAGGGUUGGAUGCUAGAGCUGCUGCCAUUGUCAUGAGAACAGUGAGAAACACAGUGGACACUGGUAGAACAGUAGUUUGCACCAUCCAUCAGCCCAGCAUUGAUAUCUUUGAAGCUUUUGAUGAGUUGUUUCUUUUGAAUGGAGGAGAGGAGAUAUAUGUGGGUCCAUUGGGGAGCCACUCAACCCAUUUAGUGAAAUACUUUGAAGAAAUACAAGGCGUGAGAAAGAUCAGAGAUGGGUACAACCCAGCAACAUGGAUGUUAGAGGUUACCAGCAGUGCACAAGAGACAGCUUUAGGAGUUGAUUUUGCACAAAUUUACAGGAAAUCAGAUCUCUAUAAGAGAAACAAAGCUCUCAUCGCGGAGCUAAGCAAGCCGGUUCAAGGUUCCAAAGAACUCUACUUCCAAACCAGAUACUCCCAACCAUUCUUGAUGCAGUGCAUGGCCUGCUUGUGGAAGCAGCACCAGUCCUACUGGUGCAACCCUUCAUACACUGCCGUCAGAUUCUUAUUCACAACCUUUAUCGCCCUUAUGUUUGGAACCAUUUUCUGGGAUCUCGGAAACAAGAGAACUAGGAAUCAAGACAUUUUCAAUGCAAUGGGUGCUAUGUUUGCAGCAGUAUUAUUCUUGGGUGUCCAAAAUGCAUCUUCUGUACAACCAGUGGUAUCCAUUGAAAGAACUGUGUUCUACAGGGAGCGAGCUGCUGGGAUGUACUCGUCUUUAUCGUAUGCCUACGCCCAGAUGAUCAUAGAGAUCCCUUAUGUCCUGGCCCAGGCUCUGGUAUAUGGAGUGAUCACCUACACUAUGAUUGGAUUCGAAUGGGACGUCAAGAAGUUUAUGUGGUACGUCUUCUUCAUGUACUUCACACUCCUAUACUUCACUUACUAUGGGAUGAUGAGUGUUGCCAUCACGCCAAAUCACCACAUUGCCUCCAUCAUUUCUACCUUCUUCUAUUCUAUCUGGAUGCUCUUUGCUGGAUUCAUCGUCCCUAGACCUCUCAUCCCAGUUUGGUGGAGGUGGAACUACUGGGCCAAUCCGAUCUCAUGGACGUUGUAUGGGUUGAUUGUAUCACAGUAUGGAGAUGUGAGGACAUCAAUGGAAGGAACAGGGGAAACUAUUGAGGAUUUCUUGAGGAGCUACUUCGGUUUCAAGCAUGAUUUCUUGGGAGUGGUUGCCGGAGUUAUGGUCGGAUUGGUAGUUGUUUUCGCCUUCUUCUUUGCCAUCUCCAUCAAGUGUUUCAAUUUUCAGAAAAGAUAAAAAAAAUCAACUGAUAAAGUGAAACAAAAAAUAGUGAGUCAAAGGCAUUCCAUCAAUUUUGCCUUUUGUUGUUGUUGGCAUUUUUGGGGACUUUAGCCUUUUAUUAUAGCUACUUUUGUGUUGUUUAGGGAAUUUUGAUGCCAAUUUUCCCUCCUUUUUGUUGUUGUUGGUGUUGUAACUUUUAGGCAACUCAUUAUAGGUUAUUUUUAUUGCUUUGUAGUAGAUUUUUAUAUGUUUAUGUAACUGAAUUUUUUUAUAUGUUGAUUGCUACUAUGAUCUAAGAGUGGCUGAAACGUGUAAAACAUUUCGUCAAAAUUAUUUAUAUAUUACUUAAUUUUUCAUUUAUACCUACUGUGUCCUGUUCCUAUAUUUUUCAUUUCUUAAUUUAGGGUUGAUACUAUGGUAAUCCAUGUACUUUAAGACUUUUGUUAUUCAUGUCCCAUUUUUUUAUUUCAUUAGAUAGCCUAUAUUAUUGGAAUUUACGUCAUUUGUGCCAUUAACUCUUCAAUUGAUCGAAGUAUUUAAAGAUUGACCAGACACUUGGAAAACUUUUUUUGACUUUUCAUGACAUGGCAACAUUAAAUCUGCUAACUUAGUGACAGUGUCGCACCACCAUGAACAUGUUGAUUGUUUUUUUAUUAAAUAAAAUUUAUCCUCUAUUCUUCUCUUAUCCUUCACCUUCUUACCUGGCUCAUUCCACUUUCAUCCCCAUUUGUUCAUGUAGAGACUAUAUAGGGGGGUCACAUAUUUUAUUUAAUUUAAGAAUAAAUAAUAAUGCUUAUUUUUAGGAUUUUGCUACGGUGACAUGCAUGUCACCGUGACAUGGACUUUUAGGUCGACCGAAUUGACUAAUUUGGGCAGUACGAGAAAGCAUUGCGGUCGACCUAAUCCUAAAGGCGGUCGACCUCAAUUCAUAGCAUAAUUGAUGAGUCCUUGUUAUCAUUAUUUAUGACUAGUUAUGAUGGUUUAAAGCGUAAUUUAGACGAGCAAAAGAACCACACAAAUCGACAUACAUAAGCAAAAAAGACACGGGGUAUAGGUUGACUUUCUUGUAUUCGGUCGACCUCGACACCAACACUUGAUCUUCAUUUUACGUCAAAUGAUUGGAUUAAUUGAUAGAACACUUAUCGUCUAUCUGGUCGACCUCUUUCUUUAUCUGGUCGACCAUGUUGUUAAUGACUGCCAUCAAGUGGUCGACCUAUAUACCUUUAUGGUCGACCAUGUUGUUUCUGACGCCAACGAAAUGGCCGACCGAGGUUUAUUCUGGUCAACCAAAAAUAACAACUUAAACUAAGAACGGUCGACCAGGUGGUCUUUGAGGUCGACCGCAAUGCUUUAUCGUGCUGCCCAAAUUAGUCAAUUUGGUCGACCGCCUCCAGGAUUAGGUCGACCGAAAAGUCCAUGUCACGGUGACAUGCAUGUCAUAGUAUGCAUACCCUUAUUUUUAUUGUAUUCAUAAGCAAUUUAUGUUUAAGUGAUGUGUCAAUAACUUUAAGAGCUUCAUUGGUAAAUGCUCUGAAAUGCUCUCUAAAAUUCUUAGCGGUUUCAACUCGCCGCUGGCCGAGGUGGCUGUAUCGGGACGCCCACCGGACCCUCCUAUCCUACAAUACUCAUCUCCGACCCCCAAUUUUCAAGGCUCUCAGGGUUCUCUGCAACUGAGUUAUGAAUCCGCGAUGGCGGUAUCCCCGAUGAGAUCUUCCCCAAAAUCCCACCAAUGGACUUUCAUCGACGAACAUGACAUGGAAGCAGGUUCCUAUCUGGGUGAACCUAAGCUAAAGGUCUCUACCCAACACAAGUAAUGCCUCUACAUCCCUUGGAAAUGUACGAUGGUAGUCUAGCUAUUGGACAAACAGUUUCUUACCAGUAUAUUUGCUCGCAGCUUCGCUGGAAAUAGAGACCCAGCGGACGU